AUGAUCUUCUAUCAUUGUCUCCUGAUUAUGACCGUCAUAUUGUACGUAGUUACUAACGAGUACAAUAUAAUAGUUGGGCAGAAUAAGAUGCACCCACACGAAGGAUCCUCAACGCAUAAACCGGCUCAGCACAAGCGAGAAGGCACAGCAGGUACAUCCGGAAAUGAUGUGCCCCUCGGAAUCGGGCCGGAACGUCGGAAUGUGUCAUGGCCGCCGGUUGGAAUUCUGGCAGAGUCGUCCCUGGGAUUUUUUGUUUAUCUGAAUCGAAGGAUCCCCUGCGUCGGUGGUGGUGUUGCUUAUUUUAACUUCGCCGCAGCCCUAACCCUGUGCAUUGGUGGCACAGGAGGGAGAGGAGGGACGACAGACAAACAGACAGCACUGGCGCCCACGGAGAAACUUUCUCCGGAUACGUCGAUCGAUUGGAAGCUUCUGUCAUGUGGGAAAGCCCAAAGCACCACCCACCACAAACCCCGAGCCUUAGAUAGCCUUGCAAUUUUCUAUCAAGCUUCUAGACCUGACGCGGGACAAAGCUCAAUUAUCAAUAAAGCCGAAGUAUCUCGAAGUCGCUACCCGGCUUUAGUUAGAGAGGAUUCGUGGCCGAUGCCAAAAUUGUCGAUGCACGCCGAAAACGUAGCCUCUAGGGGGAGAAAACGCAAGACAGCUCCGCAAACAUGUCGCAUUGUAGGUUAA